CUUUCCUAAUAAUUGUGUGUAUGUCAGACACAGAGGUGACACCAUUAAUUCCCAAGAGAGGAAGAAAAUGGGUCCAUGUUUAUGCCAUUAUUGCGGCUAUUGGAGGGUUUAUUUGUGGUUAUGAUACAGGGUCUAUCUCUAGUAUCGUAGCACUUCCGGUAUUUCAAGAACGUUUCUUUCUUGACGGUUCAGUAGCUUAUUAUCAAAGUAUCUUGUUGGCUUCUUAUCUCGUGACCUCUAUGCUUGGAGCCUUCUUCUCGGGUUAUUUCUGCGAUGGCAUUGGCAGAAAAAGGUCUAUGCUGGUCUCAUGUGGUUUAUUGUCACUAGGUAUUAGUUUCCAAUUAAUUGGAAUAGACGCCAUGACACUUUUUCUAGGUCGGCUGAUGGGCGGUAUUGGUACGGGUCUGAUGACCAAUGCCAUCCCUCUUUACCAGUCCGAGAUUGCACCACCGGAUAUACGAGGUCGACUGAUUAGUAUAUUUUCAUUAUUGUGUUCAUUUGGUCAGAUGGUAGGUUAUUUCAUCACAUUUGGGACGAGUUAUUUAUCCACUAGUGAUUGGAGCUGGCGGUUACCAUGGUUAUUUCAAUUGAUAUGUUGUUUCCUUUAUGCCAUUAGUCUGACUUUCCUACCUUACUCACCGCGAUGGCUGAUUGAUCAGGGGAGAGAAACCGAAGCAAUUGAGAUCUUAACGGACCUGCAUAAUUCAUCUCUGGUAGCUCACCGAGAUUAUUUAGAAAUCAAGACAAGUCCACAACAAAAGGACUGUGAUUUCAUAGAGUUAUUUCAGGGGUCGAAUCGAAAGCGAACACUGUAUGCGUUCUUUAUCUCGGUCGCCACUUGUUUCACGGGCAAUGUUGUGAUUAGUUAUUAUGCACCCGAGAUAUUCAAGGAUGCAGGCCUGGAUGAUGUUUCUAUCUCAUUGGCAUUGACGGGUGGGAUUGGUUUACUUUCGUUGGUGUUUACAGCAUGCUCCUUGCGCUGGUGGAUUGAUCGGUGGGGACGUAAAGUCUUAUUUAUGACAGGCUCAGUCAUUUCAGGAGUAUGCAUGCUGGUGGUCGGACUCAUGUUUGAAUACAGACAUUUAAAGGGGACACAGCCUGUAAUUAUUGUCUGUAUAUAUGUGUUUUCUGCUUCCUUUGCUGGUACAUGGGGAGUAGCAAAUUAUGUUUACACGGCCGAAGUCUUUAGUACAGCUUGCCGAGCUAAAGGACUUUCACUGACCUAUGCCAUUAGUUGGGCAUGCAGCAUUACCAUCACUUACUGCACGCCUUACGCUUUGUCUUAUACCAUCUCCGGUGUAUACUUCUUUUUGGCGGCAUGUUCUAUUCUAACCGUGAUAGGUAUUACAUGGAUUCCGGAACUCAAGGGUAAAACAUUAGAACAAAUUGAUUACAUGCUUUCUCAAUAAUAA